AUGCUAUCCCAAAAUUUCGAGCCCUUCAAUUUAUCAAGCGAUUCAUCUAUUAAUUUUCCUUUAGAAUUCAAGGAGUCUCUAAUAAGACUUGACGAUAUUUUUGAUACUGAUCCGCAAAAUCAAGUUGCAGAAAAGGUUGAAUUCCAAUUAAUGAAAAAAAGGAGUAAAUUCAAAGAAAUUUCAAACGAUGAGCUGCUAUCUUCAAAAAGUAUUCCAAAUGAAUUUUUCCCUCCACAACAGAAUAUUGAUUUCGAUAAUAGGCAAGAAUUGCAUACAAUAAAUGCUAAUAGAGGAAAUCAGAGAUAUCGAAAUAUAUUAUCAAAACUAAAUCAGCGAAGGAGUGAAGAACAUAAGUUACAAGCCAACCAAAUCCCUACAAAUGUUCAAGAAAUUCAUAGCCAAGCUGAUAAUGACCCUCAAGCAUCCAGAAAUAUCAGAUUAUCAACAGUUUAUACAAACCCUAGCAUAGACUCAUUUAAAGUUUUUUCUAAUUUUUCUAACGAAACUGAACCAAUUUCCCCUGUCUAUGCGUUUGAUUUAGAUAGAAUUCAGUUAACUAAUGGAAACCAAGAAACAAAUACAAAUUUAUAUGUAGAUCACCAAGACACAGAACCUAAUAUCCCUGUCUUUAAAUUUGAGAAAUUUAUUCAAAAAUAUAAUCAGCCUGUAGCUAUAUAUUGUGAUAAGUGCUGCCAAAAUACUCAAGUUCAAAUUUCAUUUAGGUUAAAAUCAUUACUUCUAUCCUCCAUCAGCGAAUAAAAUUUUUUAUUCUCUCUAUUUUUUAAAAGUAUCCAAAAUUAAUAGAGUUUAUAAUAAAAUUCAUGUUUAGAAUGCAAGCUAUUUAAAUUCAGUAGAAUUAGCGAGAGAUUUUUAUAUAAUAAUUAUCACUUAUAUAUCAAAAUAUUUUUUCAUAAUUUUUUUACUGACUACGGUGGAUAGAUUGCUUGCAGAAAAUAGACAUUUUCAAAUGAUAUUUUUUGUUCAUAACAAGGGGAAUUAGGAUUUUGGAAAACUCUUGGAUUUGUCUUCCAAGCUUUUCGCUGCUGUAGUGGGCAUUCUCUGAAGCAGUAUCAAGAGGUUGUUUAUAGGUGUAUUAAAUGCAAAAGUGUUAUAUCAUAG